CAGCGCAGCUGACGUGUUAGAGAGGAGCCGCGGCUGCAAUCGGCCUCUCUCCGGUUGCAAGGGGGCCGGGCCUGGGGGACGCGCAUUAGCCGCGACGAGCUGCAGUCGGAGGGGAGCCCGGGGACCAUGGCUACCGGCGGGGCCGGUGUGGGGGUGCGGCCGGCGGAGGAGCAGCCGCCUCCGGCCCCGCUCCAAGCCCCACAGCCCCCGGAGCAGCAGGGAGAGCAGAAGCCCCCACUCCAGCCGCCGCCGUCCCAGCAGCAGGGCCAGGAGGAUUUCUCCUUCCUGCCCCUGGUCCAUGAUAUCAUCAAAUGCAUGGACAAGGACAGCCAGGAUGUCCACCAGGUGCUGAACGAACUCAAGACCAAAUUCCAGGAGGUGAGAAAGAUGAUCGGCGCCAUGCCCGGCAUCGGCGUGAGCCCCGAGCAGCAGCAACAGCAACUGUGCAGCCUGAGGGAGCAAGUCAGGACCAAGAACGAACUGCUGCAGAAAUACAAGAGCCUUUGCAUGUUUGAAAUUCCCAAGGAGUAGGAGGGAAGGGACAGCGCGAGCCGGGCCCCAGGGGAAAGCAAGACAUCCCCUCCCCUUCUUUUCUGUCUUCUUCCUAUAAGGUUGCUGCUGUGUGGAUCACGGCCAUGUGACAUUAACCCAGGAGAACAUUGUGUACCUGACGUAUGAUGAUCGCAGUGCUUCGUUUGCUUUGAUCUGCUGUGGGACUGCGUGUAUUUAUAUAUAUCUCUGUUCUGGAGUGCGUCUCUCUCUCUCUCUCUCUCUUUUUUUUUUUUUUAAUGCAAGCACGCAGGAGGGAUUACGCUCCCCGCCUUGCUAUGAGGAGUAAAUGAUCUGGUGGUGACAUUACUGCCUGCAGCCAGAAAGAGGGGGCAUUUUCUUCCCUUUUGUGGAAAUCGGCAGAAUGGAGCUUCCUGCCCUGCCCACAGGAGGCAGUGGACAUGGUUCCCCCUGCGCUGGUUGCAGUGUGUGUGUCUGGAGAGAAAGGAUUGGUUACAACUGCUUUUGUAUUUAUCACCUUGAUUUUUUUAUUUUUUUUUUUUUUGCAUAAGUGAUGCUUGGAUCUGAAAUGAUCCAAGUAAAGAUUUGAAAACCCUGAGGGGCACUUCUUGCAUCUGUACCGAGCAUGCGAGGACGGCACAGGGGUAUCAUUCUGAAAGCACAGGAAACCACGGAGCUGGCCUGGGUGCUUUAUCCUUCCAUUGCUUUUCUAAAAGCAGGGCUGGGGCCAAAUAGAUGGUAGAUGUAGGCUGGGAAUUUUUAAAGGAGUAGUCAGUGCUCAGCUCUGAGUGAAUGUCACAGGGAUUUAGGUACCUCGAUUCCCAACUCACAUAGGCAGUGUCACUCCCGGUUGCCCUGGGGUCAGUCUGAGUAACCCUGUUGACUGUAGUGGUUAUUUCACUUUCCACCAGCGGGGCUGACCGCAGAAUCUCUCAGAGGCCAGCUGCAUGCCCCAGAGUACUUUAAUCAAGGGUAGAAUCCACUGCCUGCCUACAUCGGCCUCUUCCUGCAUUUGGGACACUUGUCCUGUGCUGUGUUAACCCCCCCCCCCCCCGCUGCGGAUGGGGAUGAAGUGCUUUGUGCAGAUCCAGCGCAGGACACAGGGACCCAGGCAAGUAUCUAGUAAACAGCCCCAUGGAGAUGGGAAGGGAGAUUGGCCUAAGCCAACUAGCAGCAACUGGGUCAUUCAAGUCAGUGGCACUGCACCAGGGAAGAAUUUGGCCCAUAGAUAGGCUGGUGACUCUGGAUUAAGGCCUCUAGCCUUUCAUUUCUUGAGACCUGGGUGCAACUCCUGUUUAAGAGCACUGCCUUGCCACGGGAGUGAGGUUUGCAGGAUCCAGGCCUUGGUCACCAGUGUAAAAACAGUGGUGGGUUCAUUUCCCUCACCCCACAGACAUUGCGGCCACCACACACUACAGCACAACACCUGGUCUCUGCUCAAGGGGAGCCUGGGACUUGACCAGGACUGAGAUGUAUUGGCUGGGCAGGGAGAAGUUUGUGCGGUGCCUGCCGGUAUUAGCAGUAGUGCUAGCUAGGCCUAUGUUACCUUCGCUUUCACAAGAAGCAAAUUCACCCCCCAAUAUUUCAACUGUAUAAACUAGAGGCAGGAGGAGAAGACGACUUGAUGGGGAAGAGUGCAGCAAGUGCUCCGAUUGGGGAUAUGGGUGGUGGUGGGUUGGGCCAUUGGCUAGUCCAUCAAUGCAGCAAGGUGGUGCGAGCCAGUUCUGCACCUUACUUGUACCCACGUAAAAUAGCAGAGUUGGAUGAGUCUGAUUCAUCCCUGAUGUAAACACACUGGCUUCAGUGCAGUGGCACACAGAGAUGAGAAAGUGGGUUUCCAGGGAAGUAACUGAGGUCACCUCCGGUUACAACCAAUGAAAAUUGCUGAACGUUGGAUCAUAUUCAAAUAGAGUAAGGGGCAGCUUGCUGAGUCCUACCUUGGAAUUUCCUCCUGCCUGCCUGCCUGCCCCUUUCAUGGGAAAUGGAGGUAAACAUGGUUUAUCAUUGGAGAUCUCACUGUACCUCAUUGGCUAAUAAAAGUAUUAUGUGUACAGUUUCAAGCAUGUGUGCUCAGGGUUGGCUAGGUCCCAGCCUUUCUUGGGAAGUGCUCAUAUAAAUUAUGAUGAAAUAUUGUGCCAGUCACUAGAAUGCAGGUUAUUUGCAUAUAAUACAAGGAUGCAGAGAAGCCGGUAGAGUCCUUGGAAGAGAGAGAAAGCUCAUUUCUGUCAAGAGCCGCAACAAAUUCUAUUUUGAAAUUGCUUUCCCUUUGCCAGCCAGAAGGAAAGUGUUUCUGCUAAGGGCAGGGACCCCAUGCUGGGACAGUCCAAAUUACCAGCAGCUUGCUUAUUAUAUGCCACUCUGCACCCCAUUUAAAAUAGCGCUACGCUUGUUUCUUUGGGAAGACGCAAAGGUGGCCUGGGAUAAACCUUUGUUGUUUCAGUGAAACAGAACUCUAAAAUACGCAAUAGAAAAUGAACAUGGGCAGUGCAUUUCUGCCAGCCAUUGUCUAAGAUCAGUAAAUUUGGCAUCUAUUUCACAUGGAGAAAUAAUCCAUUUAGUUUUCAAUAUACAUUCCAUGAACUGUGCAUGUACCAGAGAUGGAAGAAUCAAGUAUAAGCCCAGAGAAAUGUGAAAUUGCAGGUGAAAGUCACCCCUUCAACUUAAAAUCCAGUCAGGUUUUUUUUUUUUUUUAAAUGUACUAAAAGCUGUUUCAGGUGCUACAUCCGUCUCCCUACCUAUUUCUGUGGUUUCAGAAGCACAUUUUCCUUAUCUUUAAUUUAAAAUAUACUUCUGGCCCCUAUUGCUGGGGUAUGGGGCAAGGGAAACAACAGGGGGAACUGACUAGUGAAACAAAGGAGACUGGCUAAAUACAAAAGGCCUAAUUUUUCAGAGGAUCUGAGCGAUUGAGAUCAGUGGGAGUUGGUGGUAUUCAGCAGCCCUGAGAAAUCAAUCCUAAUGUGUUUUCAAAAUCACCAAGUAAGCAAACUAGAAAAAAUGAGAAUUUAUUCCUUCCCCGUUUUCUUUCAGUUCUAGUGGUCUUGGCUACUUGGAACAGUAGUUCUUUCAAAUGCAAGUAGGGGGCUUUUUAAGUGGAAUGUUUCCUUUAGGUGUGUUGCAAAGGAAAAAAAGGUCUGAUUUGAGUGCAAGUUAGUAUUUGUAAAAAGCCUUUUAUGAUGGAAUUGCAUGUGUGUUUCAAAUGCGAAAAAACAGGCUAAGAGAUUAUUAGUUCUAUUACUGUAGUACCUGGUCGUAGGAGCAAUUUUAAUUGAUUAUAAAGUUGUCGUGUCUCAUUUUACCCACAUUUCCUAUGACAAAUGCCCUACUAGUAUUUAUGAUCACAGGCACUUAUAGGCUAGGAGCGGAAAUAUUUCACUUUUCCAUCUGCCCUCUAGAUGUCACCCUAUGCUUCAGUGCAAGGUACCGUAAUUAGAAAAAGUUUUAGCCCAAUCAGUGAUCUGUUUUAGCAGCAUGGUGCAUGUGACCCCUCCCGCUAAUUAUUUUGUUGUGUUGAAAUAAAUCUUGUCAAGCACUUUCAGGAACGGGAACCUUUGCACUGGGGAUGAAGGGAAGUAUGUACAGAGAAGGUUUUGAUUUGAGGGGGUUAUCAUCAGUAAACACAGUUGCUCAGCUUCAGUAUACAUGUUCCAUACCACAUAGGGGGAGGCUUUGAGAAACACUGUGAGGAAUCAAAGACAAACCUGGAACAGAUUAAUUUAAAAAAGGGUUUUAUUUUUGUAGAAAAAAAAUAGUAAACUUAAAACAUGGAGCGUAGAAAACACUUGCAUAUGAUUUUGUUCAUGUCCAGGACACACACUACCCUACAUAAAGUGCCUAUUUAAAAACAA